AAAAAACAAACCUAAAAGGGCCUUAAACCCUUGUUCAAUUUUCUGUUGUCUCAAACAGGCGCUGAAGAAAAAACUGUGGGUGGAGAUUCUGAGGAAUUGCAGACGUUGGUGAAGAUUAAUAUUAAUUCAUCAGGUCGUUUUCGGUUUGCAACCUAAAGAAAAGUAAGUUAUGACCCGUCGACCAUCAAAUCGCCGCCAUAGGCCUUUCGGCUUCUCCUCAUUCGCCCGUAAUGUUGAUUUGAUGGCUUCCAAAUCCACCAAAUUGAAGCAGCUCAGCUCUUUUAAGUCAGACGAGAAAGCUCCCGUCAAAUCCCAAGGCGACGAGAUUGAAAAGCGUUGUAUGAAAGGGAAGGGCGUGGUCUCUGAAUCUUCCAGUGAAGAAGAAAGUGAUAGUGAAGUAGAAAACGAUAGUGAAGAAGAAAAUGAUGGGGGAAUUGUUCAAUUAGACUUUGACUUCUUCAGUCCAAAACCUGAAGACUUCCAUGGAGUGAAGGUUUUGCUGCAUACUUAUCUGGAUGACUACCAGUGGGACUUGAGUGGUUUUGUAGACUUGAUUCUGGGACAAACCACAGUAGGUACCGUGGUCAAAAUAGAAGAUGAGGAUGAUGAAAAUGAUGACUGUCUAUACUCCAUUGUCACUGCCCUAAACUUGGGUCGGUAUAAGGAUACCAAACCCAUCAAGGAGCUCAAGAAUUUUUUGCUUCGAGCAUGUAAAGAAAAGGACAUUGUAGGUGACUUGAGCAUACUUUUGAAUGAGCAGGCACAGGGUGUAGGGCUCUUGGUCAUCAAGCAUGUGAAUAAUAUCCCUCCUGAGCUUUUGCCUCCCCUUUAUAAUAUACUCUUCAAUGAAGUGGCACAGGCAGCUAAACAUGAGCCAACUCAUUUCAAAUUUAAAGUUUAUCUACUGAUUACCCGAAUUUACAAGCUUAAUAAUGCCAACCAGCGGAAAGGUACUUCAAAAAGUGAUAGUGACGAACAAAUAAUAUAUGUAUGGCCUGAGGAUGAAGUUUUUCAUAAGCUAAGCUUAUGGUCCUUCACCUUUCCUCUGCGAUCUCGGCCAACUGACGAGAUGAAGAACUACAAACCCAUGGGACUAGUCAUGGGCCUUGAAGCAAAAAAAGUUCAGACUUUUCAGAAAGAGCUGCAAUCUCUAAUCAGUGAAUCUUGAGAACAUUAAAAUCGAUGGCGCGUAGCUACAUGUUCAAUUCAUCCUCAUUCUGCUUGCCUAAUUAGAAGUAUGAGGAUUUGUCCUAGUUGUUUUUGAGCUCCUUGGUCUUGGUCUUCUAUGUUGGCCAAUGGUGGUGAAAACAGAUCCCAGUUUUGUAUGUUUAGUGCAUGUCUAUGAAUCUGCUGGCUAUUAUCAUGCUAAAUAGUCAAGUUUUCAGUAUUCAAAAUCUGGUAGCAUUUAGUAAGAAGAGUUUAGAUAUGCUUGCCGAAGUGUUAUUUCAAUUUUUGGCUCGGCUCUCCACUUCGAUAUGUAAAUUGUUUUACAUGCAGUUGCCUAAACUGUAAUGCUGAAUACAAUAAUCGAAAUACUAAAAUUGAACUUCAUCAUUCAAGGGCA